AUGGUGAGAACCCCUUCCUGUGACAAAAAUGGACUUAGGAAAGGUACUUGGACUCCUGAGGAAGAUAGAAUGUUAAUUGCUUAUGUCACUAGAUAUGGCUGUUGGAAUUGGCGCCAACUCCCCAGGUUUGCAGGUCUUGCAAGGUGUGGGAAAAGUUGCAGACUGAGGUGGAUGAAUUAUCUUAGGCCUAAUCUCAAAAGAGGGAACUUCACUCAUGAAGAAGAAGAGUACAUAAUCAGAAUGCAUAAAAGGCUUGGUAAUAGAUGGUCUGCUAUUGCGGCUGAGUUACCAGGAAGAACAGAUAACGAAAUAAAGAACCAUUGGCAUACAACCCUCAAGAAGCGCUUCGAGGAGAGCACAAUCACAAAUGAAAAAGAAGCCAAAGCCUCAAAAUCAAAAGAUAAUGAAGCCAAGCCAGGGAGAGACUCAUUGACCAAAAAUGAUGUUACUGUUUUACAAGUUACUCCUCCAAGUACUUCCCAGAUCUCAGAUUUUAGUGACUCAAUAUCCCCACUAUCUUCCUCCAGCGAAUUCUCUUCCACAACUUCACAUCACACCACAGCUGCUAGUAAAGAAAAGUUGGUUCUCGAAGAUGAAUUCGGUUUUCUUGAUGCAUACACAGAGACUGUGAAUGGAAAUUUCUGGACAGAGCCAUAUUUUUUAGAUUCUGACAUUUCCUACACUCCAAGUAUUAUAGUACCUAAUAAUGAUGCUUUUCAAAGUUCAGAUACUACCCAGAUCCUUAAUGCUUGUGCAUUGUCUCCACAUCAAUCGUCAAGUGAAAGUUUGGUUUUGGACAAUGACUUAUGCAGCUUUCUCGAUGCAAACGCAGAAUCAGCAAUUGAUAAUUUUUGGACACUACCAUAUGUGACUGAGGUGUCCCACGUUCCAAGCGAACUAUUGAUUCCCUUGGCGGCCGAAUCCGAAUAUUCUUCUCCAGUGUAUGAUGCUGAUCUCUGGAGUCAAAGUAAUUUGUAUGAUGAACAUCUUAGCUUAUUCUAA